AUGUCUCAAGAUCCUAAGUUCAACAAGAAUUAUCUCUACUCUUCAAAGCCGUCCAUGAACAACGCAUUCCCUGCCUUUUCUGCCACCGUUAAUGCUCCAGAUCCUCGCUACAGCCAGAACUUUCCCCAUCCCUCAAUAAACCGUCAAUCCUCUAGCGCAUAUGUGGCAUAUUCUACCUCUGCUUCUACCUCUACUAGUAAUGCUUUAGCUCCACACGCAUACUCGCCAAGCUCCACAUCCUCUACAUAUGCCUCUGUUUCUGCUUCUGCUGGCGACGCCGCAGCCGACUAUGUCCUCCCAGCAAAAACACGCCACCAUAAAUACGGUUUCUCAUCGAGACUGUCCCAGGCCUCAUGCUCUUCAGACACAUGUUCUCAACCAUCCUUACCCCCCUCUCCUACACCCUUUGACAUGCGACCUACUCAGAAAUGGCUCUCUCAAUUGCGGUAUGACAUCCCAGUCAAGUUGACAGCUCAAGGAACAAAGGGUAACUCAGACAGUUUCCGUGACCGAGAAGUAUCAGGCAGAAUUAACCGCUCGGCUUCGAGAUCGAGCUCCCCGACACCAACAUCAGUGGGUAGCUCUUCUAGUAGUAGAGGACGGCCACGAGUAGGUGGGUUGUACGAGAUUGAUUACAUCAGACCGAAGAGGAGGCCCUGCGUCUCUAAGGAAACUCGCAAAAAGGAGAUAACAGAAAGACAGGCAAUCGCGCGACAGUCGGCGGGAAGACAGACAGCUGAAAGCCCAACAGCCGACGAGGAGGAAAGAAAAAGAAAGAAGCCGGAGGAUUGGAAAGAAUGGCAGACUGAUGAGAAACAUUAA